GAAUUAACGAGAAAGAGUUCAGAAACCAUGAAAGGAGAGGUGGUCGUGGAGGAAUGCUUCUGCUUCGAGGAAGAGACGCAAUUAACGGUCCUCAAGACCUCUCUGUUCUUCGCCGGUGAUGGUUUCUCCGUCUACGAUGCCAAAGGAGAUGUUCUCUUCCGUGUUGACUCAUACGGUCCCGAAACCCGUCACAAAGACGAACUCGUUCUCAUGAACGCCGCAGGGAAAUGCCUCCUCACCGUCCGCAGAAAGAGACCGAGUCUUCACCAACGAUGGGAAGGAUUCUUGGGAGAGAGAUGCGAUGGAAUGAAACCAAUCUUCAGCGUAAAAAGAUCGUCGAUCAUCGGACGGUCGAGCGUUACGGUUGAACUUUACGGGAAUCCCGGUGAGGAGUACCAGAUCGAAGGUUCGUUCCCACAGCGAUGUUGCAGAUUCUACAACACCACUUCUCCGAACGAAUCGAAGGAACCGGUGGCGGAGAUCCGAAGGAAAGUUGACGCAUCAACCCACGUAGUACUUGGGAAGGACGUAUUCUCACUCUGCGUCAAGCCUGGCUUCGACAGUGCUUUCGCCAUGGGAUUAGUACUUGUUCUUGAUCAGAUCGACGGUGAAUACGCCGAUGAUGGUGACGUGGCGGACCCCACCAGCCCUGAGCCUGAUGAUGUACCAUCUUCCUAACAUAUCCCUUUUAAACGAUUGAUG